AUGAUAGAGUCAGCGUUAACUACAAGCCGAGCAAUAGUAAAAAUAAAAAUUGCUUUCUCUACUAAAAAGCUCUUAUAUAUUCCUGUAUUAACAAAAACAAAUGCCCUUCUUAUGCUACAGAUUAUAGACUCAAGUAGGACAUCAGAUGAAACUACUGAACUACCACCAACAGAGGCUAACACAGAGACAAGAUCUACGAAAAAGUCCAGAACAGUAGAACUAGUUGAAACUGAUACCCACCCAGUUAACACUAUCUUUGUUGACAAUCAAAAUGCUUCUACAACACAGACACAAAGUAGGGAUUCUAGCUUACCCCCAUCAAAAUGCAGUGUAACACCAAAAAUAGAAGCCACAACAAUCGUGGGAGAAAAUUUAGAAAAAGAGAAUAAAUAUUUCCACAGUACUUUGCCAGGAACACCUCUUUUGCCAACAACAGUAGAGGAAAUUUUGGAAAAACUAGAGUUAAUAGAAAAGCCAUCAUCCUUUAUCUUACCAAUAACUAAGCAAGAAGAAAUCUGCCCAAACCCCAAUGGGACAUUUUUAAUAACUACUCUCCUCCUGUAUGAAUACAAACAACAACUCACCAGACUCACAGUUCAACUCAAAAAUCCACACAAAACAACCAAUCGACAAAAUACAAUCGACAAAAUUAAAAUAAUUAACUACAAUAUUCAAGGUCUUAACAAUGAUAUAAAACUACAAAAAUGGCUCGAAUAUUGUCAUGAAGAAGAGAUCCAAAUCAUUGUUAUGACUGAAACUAAACUACUACAAUUCACGGCAUCUAGAAAGACCCUUUCCAACCCAUUGUAUGAAAUCUAUACAGCUAAUAAUGAUGUUGACUAUGCAGUGAAUAGAGAGGCAAGCCUUGAUGCAGACUAUACAACCAGGAGUGAUCAUAAAAUUCUCCUAACUGAAUGGUAUAUGUUAUCAACGCUGAAAGAUGACUGGACGCAAUUCACUAAACAGAUCAGGGAAAAUUUGAAAAGCUCUCCAAUUUCUAGUCUUAGCAUUAAUGAUAGAAAAUCUCUAAACCGCUAUACAAACAUCUGGUAUAGUAUAGUGAAGCAAGCAGCUAAAGAUAAUAUACCAUCCACCAUUACUGCACCAAAAGUGUUUCAUGCACACUCCUUUAAGGCAACUCAAUUGCAUAGAGGACUAAAAGUAGCAAAUAAAACUCUAGCAUUAUUCAAGUCAAUUCACCCACCACUUACACCUGAUUACACGAUAUCACAGAUAAAUAAGAAAUUGAAAACCCUAAGUGACCUGACAGGAAUUCCUACAUCACUG